CCACCCUUUUGUGUCUUCAUUUUUGGGGAAAGAAGCCUUUAGCCCUGUUGUUGGUUUAGGAAUAGGAAGGUGGUUCCUUAGUCUUGGUGAUAAAGCUCCCCUCCUUUUUAUUUAUUGUGCCCUACCUCUCUUUUCUUCCUCCCCAGUCUCUCUCUCUCUCAAGCUUGUCGUUGCAGGUAAUCAGAGGAGCCAUUCAUCAGAGAUGGGCAUCCUUGUUCAUCUUGCUAGGCACCUUGACGCAUUGUUAGGGCCCAUGGUGAUGCUUCUUUAUCCAUUGUACUCGUCCAUAAAAGCAAUAGAAAGCCCUUCAGCUCUGGAUGAUCAACAAUGGCUGACCUAUUGGGUGCUGUAUUCACUGAUAACAUUGUUCGAGCUCUCAUGCUGGAAAUUCCUAGCCUGGUUCCCCCUUUGGCCAUACAUGAAGCUGGUCGUCUCUUUAUGGCUAGUGUUGCCCAUAUUCAAUGGAGCAGCAUACAUAUAUGAGAAUGUUGUGAGGAAAUAUUGGAAGAUCAUGGAUCAUGGCUCAGGCUCCAAUCUUACAGAAGGACAGAGGAUGGUGGUGCAGAUGAUGAGCCUCGACGCGAGGAAAUCUGUCGAACAGUACAUUGAAAAAUAUGGUCCAGAAGCUUUUGAAAGGGUCGUCAAAGCGGUAAUCUUAAUGUUUAACCAGUGAGGAGAUAAUGAACAAAGGCAGAAAAGGAAGCAAAGAAGCGGCAAUCUUAGUGCAAAUACUUGAAGAAAUUCUAUACUUGUGAAUUAUUGGGAAGAAUACAUUCUACCUUCUUAUUUCCUCUUUGGAAUCGUGUGAUAUUAUGAACUUUUCCUUAUUUGUAAAUCUUCCCUACAUACAAUAAAGAUGCCAAGGACGCUUCUCUCU